AUGAGCAGUCCCGGCCCCCUGCGCAGCCGCCGCCGCCGCUUCUUUUGCCGGGAAUGGGCACUGGAGAAACUCCGGCGCUGCCUGGACGCCCGCUCCGCAGGGGCUGGGAAUCCGGCAGGGGUCCUGAUUACGGGAGGCCCGGGCGCCGGUAAGACCGCCCUGUGCGCUGAAGUGUUGCGGCCCGACUCCGACGCCGGGCAGGUAUCCGGUUUGACGUGGCGCUGCCUGGCCUGGCACUUUUGCCGGCAAGAGGAGCCCGCUAGCGGCCUGGCAUGGCGCUUCGUGAUGGCCCUGGCGGAGCAACUGAGGGUAUCGCCGCUGCUGCCGCCCGAGUAUGGCGCCGGCCUACGCCGACGUCCACCCCUGGAUACGCUCAGCUGCCAGACAGACCCACAGCUCGCCUUUCAAAGAUUUGUCCUGGAGCCUCUGCUGGACCUGUCUCCACCGCCACCCCAGACUAUGAUGUUGCUGGUGGACUCUCUAGACGUGGGCUGCGAGGAAACCCGAGAGGGCACCGGAGGGAGCCGCUCCGUCGCAGAGCUUUUGGCGGACCACCGGAACCACAUGCCCAGCUGGAUUCUCUUGGUCUGCUCUGUCCGGCGCCACAACAAGACCGUGAGCAGGAUGUUCUCUGGUUUUCAGAAGCUCUGCCUGGAUGACCUGCGUCGGCCAAACACGGUACACGACGUGCAGCGGUAUAUCUUGAAGCGUUUGGACCGGGAGGCGGCACUUCGGCGUCAGAUCACCUCGGACACGGCCGACAUGUUGAAUCUGCUCCACAUCAAGAGCGGUGGCUGCUUCCUGUUCCUGGAGCGAGUCCUGGACGGCGUGGCCGCCUCCCUCAUUGGUCUCCGUGAGAUCCGGGAUAUUCCGGGGACUCUGAAUGGCCUCUACCUAUGGCUGUGCCAAAGACUCUUCCCCCGGAGACUGUUUAGCUAUGUCAGGCCUCUCCUUAAUGUCAUCCUCGCCGCCCCGGCCCCUCUCCUGCCUCAGGAUCUGUUUACAGCACUCUGGACACACGACAUUCUACUCACCGUCCAGGAAUUCCAGAACAGGCUCAGCACCCUUGCACCCCUCCUGGUGGACGGUCCCGGGGGCAGCAAACUGCUUUUCCACGACAGCUUCGCCGAAUGGUUAACAGAUGUAAAGUAUUGCACUCCAAAGUACUUGUGCAGCCGAGCCAAGGGGCACAGCAUGCUGGCCAUGGCUCUGGCACUAAGGGGACCCCUGCUAAACUCGGAGGAGGCUAUCCAGCUUGGGACACAUUUAGUCCGCUCUGGUCACCAUCAGGACCAGCCCUGGAUUCUCGCCCUAUGGAUGAUUUGGGCUGACGUGCCCGCUCUUCCUUGGACUGGCAGCAGUUCCCUGGCCACUUUGGUAACACAAGCCCCAGACUCGACCCACCAGAGAGUCUUUCAGCUCUUCACAAUGAGUGGACUUGUUUCUGUAGACCUAAGUGUCGGAGUGACAGGUACAGAUGAAAUGAGAGCUAAACAACUCCUUCAAUCUGUGAAACACUUGUCUCCUACAGAUGUGCAGGCUUUGCUUUCUGGUGCGGCCCUUGAAGGGUCCACAAACCUGGUCCAGCUGCUCCUGACUCGUGGAGCUGAUCCGCUUCUCAGUGACCACCAGGGUCAAACUCCACUCACGAUUGCAUCCAGACAGGGGCAUUUAGAUGUGCUGCAUGUUCUGUUAGACUGGGUGCGGAUCCGGAAUAUGCAGACCGCUGCCACGAUGCUGGAACAUGCUGACAACGACGGAUGGACUGCGCUACGGUCUGCAGCCUGGGGGGGCCACAGCGAAGCGGUCAGGCUUCUGCUGGACGCAGGGGCAGACGUGGACGGGUGCGAUGCAGAGGGUCGCACCGCCCUCAGGGCUGCAGCCUGGGGGGGUCACGAGGAGACGGUCUUCAUCCUGCUCGACUACAAAGCGCAACCAAACAAGGCUGACCGCAAAGGCCGCACACCCCUGAUUGCCGCCGCCUACAUGGGACACCACGAGGUGGUGGAGAUGCUGCUGGACCACGAGGCCCAAGUGGACUUGGCUGAUGGGGAGGGCCGCACGGCUCUGUCGGUCGCUGCCCUCUGCAUCCCCACAGCUGUUGGACAUCGAGGUUACGGGGAAGUUGCGAAUCUUUUACUAGAGCGAGGUGCCGAUCCAGGGCACAGAGACAAUGAUGGAAUGACCCCGUUGCUCCUCGCGGCCUACGAGGGCCACGACGACAUGGUGGACCUUUUGCUGGAAGCUGGCGCCGAUGUGGAGGAGACCGCAGGCCUCAAAGGUGGUGUUGCGCCGCUGUCUGUGGCAGUGACGCCCCUUCUGGCUGCUGCCACCAUGGGCCAUGUGAAGACCGUGUUGCGGCUUCUCUUCUGGGGAGCUGCCGUGGAUGCCAUCGAUGACGAAGGCAGGACGGCGCUCAGCCUGGCGGCGGCGCGGGGAAGCACCCAGGUGGUCCGCGCCCUCCUCGAGCGGGGGCUGGACGAGAACCACAAGGACGACAUGGGCUGGACCCCUUUGCAUGCUGCGGCCUGCGAAGGCCACCGGGCGGUCUGCGCCGCCCUAACAGAGCGAGGUAGUACGGCGCGGGUCGGCGAGAUGGAUGUCGAAGGCCGUACGGCGCUGAUUCUGGCGGCCCAGGAGGGACACCUCGGCGCCACCCAAUUGUUGCUGGACCGCCGCUCGCCCAUUGACCACAGGGCCUAUGACGGACACUCUGCUUUGAGUGGCGCUCUGUUGGAGGGGCACGGCGAGGUGGCUAAGUUUUUGAUGAGACGAGGGGCCGACACCGAUGUUCGUGACGCGGAGGGGCGACCGCUACUUUACCUCCUGGUGUUGGAGGGUCGGCUCCACAUGUCGACUCUACUUAUAGAGAAAGGCGAGCCGCCUCUAGAAUCCACAGAUUCCGAGGGCCGUACUGCCCUGCACGUGGCCUCCUGGCGGGGAAACGUGGAUGUGGUGGACUUGCUCUUGAAGCAUGGGGCCAACCCCAAUGCUCAAGACGCUGAGGGGAGGCCGCCCUUGCAUUCUGUGGCCUGGACGAGGCACGCAGAUGUGGGGCGCCGUCUCCUGUCAGCUAGGACUAUCAGUAUAGAUCUCGCUUGCCACCAGGGGGCGACGGCUUUGAGCAUCGCCGCCCAGCAGGGACAUGCUGAUGUGGUCGCCGUGCUCCUGGAGGGAGGUGCCAACCCCGAGCACGUAGACAAAUACGGACGGACACCCGUGACAGUGGCGAAGAGGAACGGGCACGUCAAGGUGGUCUGGCUCCUGGAGAGCUUUGGAGGCAAGCCGUACCACGGUCUGGUGCCCAGAGGCAGCGCGGCUUCUACUGCCAACAAGUUGACCAUGAAUAUCUGUGCGCCAGAAACCGCAAAGUCCUCGUCCUCAACGUCUUCUGCAAGUUCUUCCUCAGGAUGUUUCCACUCUGCCCACAGCUCCCAGUCGUCGUCCUCCGGGCGCUCCCUGGCCACCAUGCAGACGGUCCCGGCCGACACCCUCAGUUUCGUUCAGCAAAUCCAGCAGCACUCAUUGCCUCGAAGCCGGAGUCGCCCUUCAAUGCUAUUUCCAUCACCCGGGGACUCGGGAAGCAGUCGGCGGCGACCCCUGCGAAGGAGCCCUCGACCGACCCUUUGCGCAGUCACGGCUGUGGUCCACAACUGGGAGACACCCCCUACAUCCUCGUCUUGUGAAUUAGAGAACAAAAUGAACCCAAAAAACUUGGAGAGGGCAGAUGCGGAACUCAGAACAAGUAAAAGUGCACAAGGAAGCGGGAAGCAGGAAGUUUGGGACCCUCCACCCAAGCAUAAGACUGCGUUGCCAUCCAGUGCCUUGGAGAUCUCCAUGCAAAGCUGCGACCCCCAGCUCCACCUGAAACAGGCUAUCAAGCUGCAGUUUGAGGGUCCCACCAGCAUUUCCUCUAACAAGAGAGAGACCCCGCUGUGA